AUGCCUAGCUGCAACCGAAAGCUUGCUCUGAACUGGCUCAAAUGGGCGAAGAGAAAGAGAUUGAGCCCCACCCAGACAAUUGCUCCCUUGGAAUACGUCCUCGGUAUUGCCAUCGAACGCCCACUUAUUCCUGACGUGCGGCUUGACCUAAACAUGCGAGACGUCGACGCUCGGUUGUCCUUCCGGUUUGACAUGCGUGACGUGCUGCAGCUCACGACCCUACUUGGGGUUCCCAACGUUGUUGUCACAAGCAGCUUCGACCGUCUUCUUGGAGUGGAGGCCAUGUGUGUCAUGUUGCGUCGUCUGAGAUAUCCCACAACCUACUACGACAAGGUGGCGACCUUUGGACGGUCUCGCGAACAGCUUUGCCGAGUAUUCAACUUCAUGGUCACAUUUGUUCACGCCGAGUGGAAAGAGAUAAUAUACUGCAACACCCGAAUCGUACGCCACCGCAUCGGACAGUAUGCUGCAGCAAUUCACGCAAAGGGAUCUCCAUUGACCAGUGUGUGGGCAUUUCCCGAUGGAACGAAAAUUGAGACCUGCCGUAUCAGCGUGACUGCACAUGGCGCUGUGGGGUUGAAUUUACAAAAACGAAUCUAUUCUGGCCACAAACGGAAGCAUUGUCUCAAUUUUCAAGGCUUGACAACGCCGGACGGAUUGUGCAUUCAUUUGUUUGGCCCAUUGGAAGGCUAA